AUGAAUGAAUACAAACCGGCCGAUAUUGUGGGGUGUCUCAUUAAGCAGUGCGUUCUGUAUUUGAACAAUUCAAAGGCUUCAGAGGAGCUAAAGGCCGCAAAUCUCUUGAGAAACAAAGGUUCAGAAGGCCCAGGAUUUACAUAUGCGUCCAGGAUCCUAUGGAGUUUAUUGGUUCAAGCCCGUAGGGUGUUCUUGGUUUUUGAUGCUGUAGAUCAGUACCCCGGUCACUCGGAAGAUUUGGUCCACAAGCUUCUCGAAACGAUGGGCAUGAAACAUAUCAACGUCUUCAUGACGUCCAGGGUAGCUUUAUCAAGCAAGAAGCUUUUUGUUGGUGCUCUACGGUUAGAGGUUCGCGCCCGAGACGAGGACAUUUCAACGUAUAUUCGGCAACGGUUGGAAAACUGGCCCCCGGUGACGAGACUUGCGGUAGGGCGUCCCGGUUUUGUGAGCCAAGUUACCAGGAGCAUUACUGAGAAAGCCUCGGGACUAUUGCUCUGGGCCAAGCUUGCCAUGGAUGAGUUGGAGUCUCAUCAAGCUCUCAGUGAGGCAAGACUUGAUGAGCUUCUUCGGGACCUUCCCGCAGACAUGGUCAAACUGUACACUCGAAUCCUGGAGCGUUUAAUGAAGCGAGACCGUAAUGACUCUUCUGUAGCAGUGGAGAUGCUAACAUGGUUGGCCUUUGCCAAAAGACCGCUUACAUCAAUCGAACUGCAAACAGCACUAGCGGUGAGGGCCGGGAUUUUCGAAAUAGACGAAUCUCUCGCGAUCCCCGUACAGUCAUUCACGAAUAUUUUGAUGAGCCUCAUAUCCAUAGAUCGGAGUCAGCGAGUUCUACUUAUUCACCAGUCUCUGGAAAAGUUUCUGCAGAGUUGGCUGCCAAGGCAACUAGAUCCGUCGCAUGGUGGCCCUCACGCUUUGAUUAUGCGAAAAUGCAUCACUUACCUUCAGAUGAAAGAAUUCUGCAACAAGAUACCGAGAACGUACUCGGACCUGCGUGAUAAGCUCUGUCAGCAUCCGCUGCUACAAUAUGCUGCGCUGUACUGGGGCUACCACGCACGGAACUGCUACAAGGAUGUCGAGAUGGAGGUCUUGGGUUUCCUAAAUUCGCAAUGCGGCAUCGCCACCUCUGGGCUGGUCAUGGCACAGAAUGAAGAAUACCCGGGCCGGUAUGAUGAGGCCUAUGAGGGAAUGCUUGGCAUCCAUCUUGCCUCCGCUUGCGGCCUCACCGAGGUUGCCGCUCGCCUAAUACGCAACAGAGUCGAUCUCGAAUCACAGACCGAAGGAAACUGGACAGCCCUGCAUUGGCUGUCGAGGCUGGGGCUACAAGGCCACAUCUUUUUGUUCUUCCAAUUCGUAGAUCCUCGCCGAGUCCAAAUGCUGAUUCAGAUGACGACCAAGCUCGACAGGUGGACUGCUCUUCACCUUGCAGCCAAGGGAGGCCACUUGCCCGUCAUGGAAGUCCUCGUUCAGCACGGUGCGGCCUUGGAUUCCGUAGAUGCGCAGGGUCGAACGCCGCUUCACUUGGCCUGUUGGUUUGGCCACAUCCCAGUCGUUUGCUUUCUGCUAUGCAUGGGGGCAGAUCCCAACAUACAGAAUAUUCAUGGCAUGACGGCUCUUCAUUGCGCCAGUAGAGCAGGAAAUCUGAACUUGGUGAGGGAACUUGUGGGCUCAAGACGUCAAAAGCUGGAUAUCCAAGACACGCUCGGCCUGACUGCUCUUGACGAGGCCAUCCGAAAGAAUCACGAGCAGGUGGUAAGGUUUCUGAGCAGAGCUGGCGCGAUCCCAGGCACCAGAAAAACGCCGCGGCACCUGGAAGAGCCCUCGGCGACGCCGAUUGUCUGGAAGAAUGUGCCCAGAGACUUUAACUGGAAGACCUAUCAGGUCGACAAGGACAAGACGUUGCAGAUCAAGCAAGGCGCACAGUUUUCAUGCGAGGUACUGGUACAGCCGGGAAGUCCAGACUUGAGAGUCUUCCGGAAGACGUUUAUAAUUACCAAGGAAGCAAUGGAAAUGAAUGAUGAAUAUACUUCCCUGGCGCACGGCAAGAGUGGGCAGAAAUAUUCUCUGUCUGAGCGACAAAUCCUCGACAUGCUGCAGCAUCCCCAUGUCGUGCUCUAUCUCGACUCAGAUAGCGACCCGGAAAUGAACGCUUUCCUUCUUUACAUGGAGUAUUGCGACAUGGGCGACCUGCAACAGGCCCACAGCCUGGAUCCAAAAGUGCAGAUAAAGGACAAAACGGACAGAAAGCUUGGGUUUUGGCAGCCCAAGCCUGGCACACACGUCUCAUCAAAAGCCCUCAAUGGCGCGGCUAUUUGGGGUCUGCUGUGGCAGCUGAGCUCUGCCCUUGCCUACCUACACUACGGCCUGUCCCUGCACCACGACGCGGAAGGACCAUGCCAAUGUCGCUUUGAGCGAGAUUGGAAAUAUGUCAUUCAUCGAGAUGUGAAGCCGGCCAACGUUGUAAAGCAGAGUAUCGGGUCAAACGAAUACAUCUUCAAGCUGUGUGACCUGGGCAUAGCGACUGCUGCGGGCCAAGGCGGACAAGUGAACAAGACCCAAUGGAUUGGAAGCGACGGGAUGAAGCCUCCUCAAGUUCAGCAGGGUGACAACUGGACUCGAAAGGGGGAUAUUUUCUGCCUAGGAGAGACAGUCCGGCUCACUUACAAAUGCAAGCAAGAUGCAUUGCUAAAUUCUAGAGAAUUCCGCGAUCUCAUGGCCGGUUGCGUGAAAGCAGACGAGAGGGACAGACCGAGCAGCUUGGACAUUAUGCAGCUGGCGUACCAAGAAUUGGCCAAGAGCAAGCGAUUACACGAGUUGCCAGACGUCGUAACCGACGAGAUGGAAUCAGCACUGUUCGAGGAUAUCUCGGAUGACGCGUUCGAGGAGGACACAUACGAGUAUUCCUUGCAUCUGCUGGUGCUUCUGGACGACUUCGGCUGGACAGACUCGGACGAAUCUGGUUCCGAGCCAGAGGACCCCGACCAGGGCUUCUUCUCCAAGCUCUCGAAUCUCUUGUCCUCUGGCUCGGACCCCAACGCCGCAUGGGAGGUUUCCGGCUGGACGGCGCUGCAUCUCGCGGCCCAAGAGGGGAAAGAGGCGGUUUUCGGCCUGCUGCUCGGCCACGGAGCCGAUGCGCACAGGAGAGACGCUCACGGGACGACGGCCAUGGAGUACGCAGAGAGGCAGGGCUUAACCGUGAAGCUGGAGCAACUGGCCUUGGCGGACAUGACGGGGCCCAGCAUGCGGGAGGGAACAAUCAUCCACCAUGGCGGUAUAGUCGGGGCAGGCUCUAACCUGAGGGGUGUCUUGUCGUCGUUUGAUAAGACGUCCUUUUGGAGGUACUGA